AUUAUGGAUGUAGCUGACACUUACGCUACUCAGAGUCAGGUUAAAGAUGAGGUUGGAGUGCGGUGUCAAAAGUUGUUCCAAGAUUUUUUAGAAGAGUUUAAAGAAGAUAAUGAACUCAAAUAUGAAAAACAGGCCAAAGAUCUUUUAAAGCCAGAGUUGAGUACAUUAGAAAUCAGUUUUGAUGAUGUUGAAAAAUAUAACCAAAACUUAGCGACAACAAUUAUUGAAGAAUAUUACAGAAUAUACCCAUUUCUAAACCAAGCCAUACUGAAUUACGUUUUAAGUCUUGCCGAUAGUGGGAUGAAGAAAGAUUUACAGGAUAAAGAGUGCUAUGUCUCAUUUGUUGAUGUACCGACAAGGCAUAAAGUUCGAGAACUGACAACUGCUAAAAUAGGUACCUUAAUUAGGAUUUCUGGACAAAUUGUACGGACCCAUCCUGUUCACCCCGAGCUUGUCUUGGGUACUUUUGUGUGUCUAGAUUGUCAAACUGUUGUAAAAAAUGUGGAGCAGCAAUUUAAGUACACAAUCCCAACUAUAUGUCGUAAUCCAGUUUGCGCAAACCGUCGCCGUUUCAUGUUAGACGCUGACAAGUCAGUGUUUGUUGAUUUUCAAAAGGUCCGCAUUCAAGAGACACAGGCAGAAUUGCCCAGGGGUUGUAUACCCCGUUCCCUUGAAGUUAUAUUACGAGCUGAGGCUGUGGAAUCUGUACAGGCAGGAGAUCGCUAUGAUUUCACUGGAACUCUAAUAGUAGUACCUGAUGUAGGUUCUUUGUCUUUACCUGGGGCAAAAGCUGAACUAACCACAAGAACAAAAAUGGCUACUGAGGGGCAGAUGGAAGGAAUUAAAGGUCUUAAAGCCUUGGGAGUUCGAGAGUUACAUUAUAAAACAGCAUUUUUAGCUUGUAGUGUACAAACGACUUCAAGGCGCUUUGGUACAGCAGAUUUGGCCACUGAUGAUCUUACAACAGAGGAUAUGAGAAAACAAAUGACUGACAAGGAAUGGGAUAAAGUGUAUGAAAUGUCACGUGACAGGAAUCUCUACAACAAUCUGAUCACAAGUCUGUUCCCCAGUAUUCACGGUAACAAUGAAGUCAAGAGAGGUAUACUGCUAAUGUUAUUUGGGGGUGUCGCCAAGACUACCAUUGAAGGCACAACACUGCGAGGUGAUAUCAAUGUGUGUAUUGUCGGUGAUCCCAGUACAGCCAAGUCGCAGUUACUACAGCAAGUCAGUACUAUGACCCCCCGAGCCGUCUAUACCAGUGGGAAGGCUUCCUCUGCUGCUGGUCUCACAGCUGCCGUUGUUAAGGAUGAAGAAUCGUUUGAUUUCGUCAUAGAAGCAGGCGCGCUAAUGUUAGCAGAUAACGGCGUGUGUUGUAUCGAUGAGUUUGAUAAAAUGGACCCCGGCGAUCAAGUGGCUAUUCACGAAGCUAUGGAACAACAGACCAUUUCUAUAGCUAAGGCUGGAGUGCGAGCGACCCUAAACGCUAGAACAUCAAUUUUAGCCGCAGCUAACCCUAUUGGGGGUCGCUACGACCGAGCAAAAUCAUUACAGCAGAAUGUUGCUUUAAGCUCGCCAAUUAUGUCUCGUUUUGAUUUAUUCUUCAUACUAAUUGAUGAGAGUAGUGAAAUGGUUGACUAUGCUAUUGCCAGGAAGAUUGUUGACCUUCAUUGUAACAAAGAAGAGACAUACGACAGUGUGUACUCAAGAGAAGAUUUGUUGAGAUACAUCGCCUUUGCGAGGUCCUUCAAGCCUAUUAUUACUGAGGAGGCCGGUCAGCUGCUGGUGGAGUACUACAGCGCGCUGCGCUCCCGCGAGGCGGCGGGCGGCGGCUGGAGGAUCACCGUGAGGCAGCUGGAGUCCAUGGUGCGGCUGGCGGAGGCGCUGGCCAAGAUGCACUGCAGCGGGCACGUCGCCGCGCCCCACGUGCGCGAGGCCUACCGAUUACUAAACAAAUCUAUUAUUCGCGUCGAGCAGCCCGAUAUACAUUUGGACGAAGAAGAUCCACAGUAUGAGCCCAGUAUGGAUGUCGACCAAGAAGUGCCCAAUGGAACAUCAAGUUCAGAAAGCCAAGUGAAUGGAGAUCAAGCGCCAAAGAAAAAAUUAACAUUAUCAUUUGAGGAGUACAAAUCUCUUAGCAACAUGCUCGUUGUGUUUAUGAGGAAGGAAGAAAUGGAGGCUGAAGCAAAAGGCGAAGAAAGUUCAGGCAUGCACAAGAGCGCGGUCGUCAGCUGGUAUCUAGAGAAACUCGUAACGCAAGGACAGAUUGAAAGUGAAGAUGAGUUACUGGAACGCAAGAUCCUUGUCGAGAAAGUGAUUGACAGACUCAUGUAUCAUGAUCAAGUAAUAAUCCCACUGCAGACCACAGGGCUCAAAUCGGGCAAGUCGUCAGAGCAAGAAGUUGAAGAUGAUCCACUUCUGGUCGUGCAUCCUAAUUAUGUCGUUGACACCUAAUUUUGCUGGUCAAAGCCUGUCUUUUGUAAUAAAUCAUUAUUUUUUUAA